AUGGAGGGUCCUGUGUUAACGCUGGGACUGCUGGCCACCCUGGUUGUCUGUGGUACCCCAGGCUGCUGGGGUCUAAAUGAGGAGGAGCGGCUGAUCCGGUACCUGUUUAAGGAGAAGGGCUACAACAAGGAGCUCCGGCCCGUGGCUCACAAAGAGGACAGCGUGAACGUCUCACUGACCCUCACCCUCUCCAAUCUCAUUUCCCUGAAAGAAGUCGAGGAGACCCUCACCACUAACGUGUGGAUUGAGCACGGCUGGAUAGACAGCCGGCUGCAGUGGGAUGCCAAGGAUUUUGGGAACAUCAGCAUCCUGCGCCUGCCUCCUGACAUGCUGUGGCUCCCAGAGAUUGUGCUGGAGAACAACAAUGAUGGCUCCUUCCAGAUUUCCUACGCCUGCAACGUGCUGCUCUCUCCGUCAGGCUAUGUGUUCUGGCUGCCACCUGCCAUCUACCGCUCUUCCUGUCCCAUCUCCGUCACUUACUUCCCCUUUGACUGGCAGAACUGCUCCCUCAAGUUCAGUUCACUCAAGUACACGGCCAAGGAGAUCACCCUGAGCCUGAAGCAGGAGGAAGAAGACGGCCGCUCAUACCCUGUGGAGUGGAUCAUCAUCGACCCUGAGGGCUUCACAGAGAACGGGGAGUGGGAGAUCGUGCACCGGCCGGCCAGGAUCAACAUGGACCCCAGUGCCCCGCUGGACAGUCCCAACCACCAGGACGUUACCUUCUACCUCAUCAUUCGCCGAAAGCCACUCUUCUACAUCAUCAACAUCCUGGUGCCCUGCGUGCUCAUCUCCUUCAUGAUCAACCUGGUCUUCUACCUGCCAGCCGACUGUGGUGAGAAGACGUCAAUGGCAAUCUCCGUGCUGCUGGCACAGUCUGUCUUCCUGCUGCUCAUCUCCAAGCGGCUGCCGGCCACAUCCGUAGCCGUCCCCCUCAUCGGCAAGUUCCUGCUCUUCGGCAUGAUCCUGGUGACCAUGGUUGUGGUGAUCUGUGUCAUCGUGCUCAACAUCCACUUCCGCACACCCAGCACCCACGUGCUGUCCGAGGGGGUCAAGAAGCUUUUCCUAGAGACCCUGCCCAAGCUCCUACACAUGUCCCUCCCAGAGGAGGACAGCCCCAGCCCCGGGGCCCUGGUCCGGAGGAGCAGCUCCCUGGGUUACAUCUCCAAGGCCGAGGAGUACUUCUCGCUCAAGUCCCGAAGUGACCUCAUGUUCGAGAAGCAGUCAGAGCGGCACGGGCUGGCCCGGCGCCUCACCACAGCACGCCAGCCCCCUGCAGGCUCUGAGCAGGCCCAGCAUGACCUCUUCAGUGAGCUGAAGCCAGCUGUGGAGGGGGCCAACUUCAUCGUCAGCCAUAUGAGGGACCAGAACAACUACAACGAGGAGAAGGACUGCUGGAACCGGGUAGCCCGCACAGUAGACCGACUCUGCCUGUUUGUGGUGACGCCCAUCAUGGUGGUGGGCACGGCCUGGAUCUUCCUGCAGGGGGCCUACAACCAGCCCCCACCCCAGCCUUUCCCCGGGGACCCCUUCUCCUACCUGGAGCAAGACAAGCGUUUCAUCUAG